CCAUUUUGUACGAAAUCGUCCAUGCGUCAGUAUCGCUGCGAAUUAUCUCAUAAUGAAAACGAUCUGUGCAAAAGAAACUAUUUGGAAGAAAUAUAAAAAAUGGCGUGGAAAUGUGUAGUAGUGUCCAUAUUUUUGUGUGGCUAUGUCUGUGGGCAGUUGUGCCCUAGGCAAUGUGAUUGUGAUGUUUCUAACGGGCUUAAUCGGGCGACAUGUGAGGGGCAGAAUAUAAUCAGUAUGGAGGUGGGAGUGCCCAGUGGAGUGCAGGUCUAUAGUCUGAGCCACAAUGUGAUAAGUGGAUUGGAGAACUAUUGCUUCAAGGAAGCAGGUAUCACUUCAAUAGAAGUGCUAAACCUAUCCUACAACCAACUGUCUUGGAUCGGCAUCCACGCGUUCGCGGGUUUAGACAAACUGGUGCACCUGGAUUUGAGCAGCAACCGGCUGCGGGCGGUAGUCAUGGACCUCUUCUUCGAGACCCCAGUGCUGGAAAUGCUGGAUUUGUCCGGAAAUGUUUUUGAGGACCUGAAAAAUCAGCCUUUGAUCGACCACACUAAGUUGAAAGUGUUAAAUCUCAACAACUGCCGCAUUAAAUCGCUACCAGACAGACUAUUCACCCGUUUACCAAACUUGCGUAAAUUAGAUUUGAGUGAAAACUACCUCAUUUCACUCAACACGGAAGUCUUGAAACCACUACGGAAGCUAGAGAGGAUAGAAUUGCAGAACGACUAUUGGAACUGCGACUCUAAUUUCAUGGCAGUAGAAGCUUGGAUAACUUCACGUCACAUCAGCUAUACGAAGAAGUGCAUCAGAAGAUCGCCUAAAAUGUUCGAGAAAAUGAUAUCGGCAACCCCUGCCGAGCGGACAGAUGUCGACGUAAGAGACGUCUGGAACAUUACUUCUAAGAAAAACGAAACUCUACCUAUUCUAAAACCAACGAGGCAACUGAGUUGGUACGAGAAAAUAGACAAAGAGUUUUCGUCGUCGCAAGCGUUUAUUAUAGGACUGGAACUGGGGUUGGCGAUCGGUAUAGUGUGCACUUAUGUUUGGUUACGCUCGCUAUGCGGGUGUCGACGAGUGAAUUGCACGCGACCUCAAACUAGGAGGCAAAGGCGAAGGGCGCAGAGGGUAGACGGUGAUAUGCGAACGAAUUUAUUGUGGAGCAGCGGCAUUAAUCCGGAUUUGGAGACUCCUCCGUCGUACAGGAGGCAGUUGUCGCUGCCGGAGCGCAGCCCGCCGCUGCCGUACGGCGUGCCGGGCGCCCGCGAGCCGGUCCUCCACGCGGACGCCAUCCGGGUGCCGCGCGGCGAAACUCCGCCGCCUCCGUAUCAUGAGUGCAGAAUCAAUAUUUAAGUGCACUUGAUAUUAUGUUAUGACUCAUACAGUGAAAACAUGAAGUAUCUUUUGUUGUGAUAUUGUGCAAUUAUUGUAUACGCUUGUUACAUGUGUACUGAUUUUGAUAAGUUUUUAAUAUAUGUUGUCUUUAUAUGCAGUAGCAGAUAAAAGACAUUUAGAUAAUGAUUGACUGGUAGAAAACCUAGAGUAGAGAAUGUAUUCUGACUUUAAAACUGUCAAGUCGGGGGUUGUGACUCAAUGUCGUAUAGCUAUGUGAAAUCGUAUGAUUCGAGCUCGUAUCGCAGAUGAUCUGCUUACUAAAGCGAAUAUUAUACGAGUUAAUGCCGAACAUAGGGUUUAGUCACACAGACCAAUCAAUUUGCACUUUUGUUGUCGUGCGUACGUACAUCAUCAGUUGACAAAACCCAGAAGUUACCGCAAAAAAUGUGCGGUGGUAAUUACUGUAUGUAAAAUAAAGUUUUGAACUUAUGCAUCAUGAUGAUGUGUAAAGAUUUUUUUCGUUUAAUAAUGUCGAGUGAGAUUGUUGCUUAAUGUAUAGUCGGGUGUAAAUAAAAGGCAAUAUACUUUA